UGGACUCAGUGGAGUGGACACGCUGCGAAGAGGGAGGGAAGAGCGUCGAAAGCAGCGGAGUGAAGGUUGGGAGAGAAAAGAGCUCGAGACAUUCAUCGAUCACUGGCGAACCUGACACACAGGACGACAGAGGGCGAGAAGCGGCUCGGGGGUCGGAUUGAAAGUCGUAGCCCGCGAAAUUUCAGCAGGGAGGAAAUGCAGUCCACGACGACUUGAGAUCUGGAAAUCCGAGAUUCAGACGCAGAUCUGGCCUCCGAUAAACCUCGAGCGGCAGGUCCUACGGGACCUGGAACGGGAUCCGGCGGUGGAGCGACUUCGUCGCAGUCUUUGACCCAGAGAUCGAGAUUGGUCACCGGCAAUUCUGCGAGCGGAAAAGAACGGUUGGAACUCGAGCAAGAAGCAAUUAGACGUAGGGACGAGCAUUUGAGGAGCGUUCAUCAGAAGAAGAAGAAGGAGAAGCAGGAGCAGGGAGGCCUUUUAACCUACAAGGAGUUGACAUUUUGGGCGUUGUCUGGCUUAGGGUUUUUAGCAGUCAUGGGAUUCCUGAUUUUCGGAGUGUUGCUUAUGGUCGGUUUCAUGAAGCCAUUCGAAGACAGUGGUCCGCAGUCGGCUUGGGCUGCUACGGGCGAGGGCAAAGAGGUGACAUAUGGUAGCGUGAUCAAGCUCCAACAUGAUCGGACGAAGUACAGAUUACAUUCACACGAGGUCCCCUACGGAACUGGAAGUGGGCAGCAGUCAGUGACCGGUUUCCCUGGUGGAGAGGAUGCCAACAGCUACUGGGUUGUGAAACCAGUAAGUGAUUCAGAUGCUCGACAAGGCGAUUUAGUAAGCGAUGGGGCUAUCGUCAGAUUGUUCCAUACGCGCACUAGGAAAUGGCUUCACAGUCACCUUCAUGCUUCACCCAUUACUGGCAAUUACGAGGUUAGCGCGUUUGGAGCCGAUGACCAAUCUGACACCGGUGAUCACUGGAAAUUAAUUAUAGAAGGCAAAGGAAAAGUGUGGCUUAGGGACCAAAAGGUCCGCUUCCUCCAUGUUGAUACUGGAGGUUAUUUACACAGCCAUGACAAAAAGUAUAGCAGGAUAGUUGCUGGCCAACAAGAGGUCUGCGGCUAUCUAAAGAAGAACUCAGAUAAUUUGUGGUUUGCCGCGGAAGGUGUUUACUUCCCAUCAAGAAAUGAGGGUAAAGCUUCUAUUUGAGGCUAGCACCUUUAUUAAUAUUGUCAUGGCUCCUUGGUUAAGGUCAUUAUCUACGAAGACUGGUAGGAGUAAGGUUGUGACAUUUAAAGUUUUCCCCACAUAUUGUUAUGACUAGAGUUCUCCACAAAGGAGAGAUAGGCUCAAGGUCUCAGCAUCCAUUUUGUAGGUCGUCCAUAUAGGCGUUGUUGGUAUCGCAGACCUGAUGAGUAGGAUGAGAUAGUGUAAAGAUGAUUUUCUCAUCGAGAAGUCUGGAUCCUAUUAACUGAACCGUGUACUUGCAAAAGGGAUCUAUAUUAUAAUUUUGAAAAAAACUUACCUCGUAU